AUGACGUCCAUAUCUUCGAACGCACCUGAACUCGAAGCCAAGUUGUCAGAUUUCCAGAAGUUUAUCGCGUUGGGUUGCCUCCAUUUCGACUAUAAGCUUCAGCUAGAAGUGAAGGAAUCCGAAGCCCCUUGGGCGGAGCUAAUCCACCGUGACUUACCCGAAGAAGUGAAAGCACAUGUUGGCGACGAGGCAUCACGAUUACUGGAAGCACGUUGGAUCCGUAUGUUCCUCCACCUAAACAGUGAAGUGACAGACAGUUCUCUGGUUCGAGUUUAUCUUCUACCGGAAGAUUGGGGCCGAAAGUAUAUCGAUCGUAAUAGUAGAAGUCUCAAAAUGUCCCUUCGCAGCCUUUUACUUCGAAUCGACGUAUCGCCAGAAGCAUGGGCAGGCCAUCAUCCGAUAUCACUUGGAGGUCGCUUUGAUCCUUGGGCAAGCGCUGAAAAUCUGUCUCUCUUCUAUCUGUUCAACAAGCUUCCUUCUCCAGCCCCAGCACCGGAAAAGAUUAAGAACCGCUUCAGCAGGAGAGCAGUCGAGGAUCUUCUAGAAUCAAUGGCUUUUGACCCUACAGUUGACCCGGAUGAGCCACCCCUCCCAGGGUUGAAGUCGAAAUUAUAUCCGUACCAGGCGCGAUCAGCGAGUCUUAUGAUACAGCGGGAAGCAGCACCCCAGCUCCAGCUUGAUCCACGGUUUGAUGUCAGACAAUCACCGAAUGGGGAAGCUUUCUACUUUGGAGCAAAAGACGGAUCUUUUGUCAAAGAGCCGAAAUACUACGAGGCCAAUCGGGGUGGCAUAUUGGCAGAGACUAUGGGCUUGGGUAAAACUAUCAUUUGUUUAUCAGUGAUACUGGCGACGAAAGGACAUCUUCCCCAGAUACCUGCAGCUUACCAGACCCCUCCGCGAACACGCAGUCAAGUUGGCUCGCUGAAAGAUAUGGCUGCGGGCAUUCUCGGCCGCCACGCUGUUCCCGCAAAAGUCGAAGUGGAACGAUUCGAAGCAUACGAUGACAGCGAUCUAAGCACUAUGAAACUGGCACUAGAACGUAAUACACCAUACUAUGAAAUACUGCCAGAUGUACCACGAAUGAAUAGGAACACGAUCAUACCACCACCACGUCAGUUAGCCCUGUGCCCCGGCACGAUCGUGGUAGUCCCGCGAAAUCUUCUUCAUCAGUGGCAGUCCGAAAUACGCAAGCAUCUUACCACAGACGCCUUAAAGAUUUUGAUCGUUGAUACUCUGCCGAAACGUGCGAAGAAGAACGCGCUCAAAGUCGAAGAAGAGUACGCCAUGGACUUUGUUAGCGACUUGCCGCCACCUACAAAGCUUAUGGAAUAUCAUAUUGUAUUGUUCACACGUAAUCGCUUUGAGCAGGAAAUUCAGGACGGCGCGGAUGAGAAAGGCCGCAGGUUUGGAGCUGGAGCUCCCCGUAGCUGUAGCUGUCCGUACAUUGGCGCGUCAAACAUUCCUGACUGCUCAUGCAAAGGCCAAGUCUACGAGAGUCCUAUGAAGAAGGUUCAUUGGCUACGUAUCAUCAUCGAUGAAGGUCAUAAUUUCUCUUCGUCGGUCUCAAAUGCUGUCCUGGUCGCCAAACAGCUACAAGUCGAGCGCCGAUGGAUAGUAAGCGGAACGCCUGCAAAGGAUCUAGUCGGCGUCGAAGUCGAUCUUGCAACCCGCGAUGAAGGCUCAACAGACGCGAAGCUAUCGCGCGAGCUGGCCAUUGAACAGAGGAAAGCUUUCAGCCUCGACGAUGAGAACACAAAGGCCGCAAAAGCUCUAGGUACAUUAGCUUCACAUUUCUUGAUGGUCCGCCCAUGGGCCGACUCCAGCGCUGAUGGUCGUCUCGAAUGGGAUGACUACAUCUAUCGUCAUGAGCACCUUCACAAGAAGACGUACUCUGGUUUCUCCGCGUGCUUCCGACGUACUCUAGAAGGCUUGGUGGUAAAGACGCGACCGGAGGACGUCGAGAGAGAUAUUAUGCUACCGUCAAAGCGGCAUCGCGUGGUGUACCUCAAGCCAUGCUGGUUCGACAAAAUGGUGCAGAACCUGUUCGUCCAAGUACUGCGAGCGAACGCCAUCACCAGUGAGCGAUCUGACGUCGAUUAUCUUUUCCACAAAAACAGCAUCAAAGCCCGACACAGCUUGAUCCGCAACCUGCGACAGUCCAACUUUACUUGGACUGGUUUCAGUGUGGACGAUGUUGCGACUACCUUGGAGACCAGCGCAAAGUAUCUCGCGAAAGAGGAUAAGAAUUGCUCCGUAGGAGAUGCUCAAUCACUUCUCGAGAGCUGCCAAGCUAUCUCAACGCUUGUUGCGUCAGAUAGCUGGAGAGCUUUGAGCCAAGCACACGAAGUUGGUCUCGCAGUGGAGCAUUGGCCUCGAGAUUCUGAAGCAAUCUUCGCUUUGUCACCGCCCGAAAAGCCAUCUAUGAUUGGGAUCACUCAGCUUUUACAAGGGCAGUCCCAUGUCGACAGUCAGAUCUUACUAGAAAAUCCAUCGGAGGGGCUGAGCACAGUCGGACAGGUGGCGAAAGUGAGAUUAGCUGAGAUGCAAGAAGCUGACGCGGAGACGAAGACAAAUAAAGAGGAAAAGAUCACCAGCAACGGUGUGAUGCACAAGGUUGGAGUGCCUUCUUCUGCAGUAGGCGCCUCACCACUUACGAGCCGCCGAGCUUCUACAAUCGCGACGAAAUCCUCACCCAAGAAGUCUAAUGUGAAGCAAGAGCCUGUAACGCCUGUCAAGACAGAACAGCCUUCGAUUGGUCCAAACGAAGCUGUAAUAGAUGCAACCCCAGACCGUCCAAAAUCCCCAAUCCUCCCUCGCAAACGCAAGCUCACCCUCUCCGACGAAACCGCAGAACUCCCAUCCGAUUCACCUUUACGCAACACACAAAUAAUCGGCACCACCUCCGCCAAACUCUCCUACCUCAUCACCCAAGUCGUCCAGCAUGCCGCCACCUCCAAGAUACUCGUCUUCUACGACGGUGACAACACCGCAUUUUACCUCGCCCAGGCCCUCGAAAUGCUCUACAUAAACCACCGCAUCUACGCGCGCACACUUGACAACGCUACGCGCUCGGCGUACGUUGCGCUGUUCAAUUCGGACCCGGAUAUUAGGGUCUUGCUUAUCGAUGUAGCCUGCGGUGCGCUCGGGUUAAAUUUGAACGCCGCGAAUAUUGUGUUGAUUGUGAAUCCUAUCAAUCGUCCUGGCAUCGAAGCGCAAGCGAUCAAACGCGCGCACAGGAUCGGCCAGACAAAAGAAGUUCUUGUCGAGACACUCGUCCUCGAGGGAACCAUGGAGGAGCAGAUUUUCAAGCAGGCGAAGCAGAUGAGUCGGCAGCAGCAUGUGGAAGCGAAGGAGUUGGAAGAUGAUGCGGGUAUUGUCAACAUCAUACAGAAUGCAAGGAUCCUGCCGAUCAAGAAGGGGGAGAGCGAGGGGCUGGCGAAAUUCGCGAAGCUAGAGGUGCCACAGAGGGUGUUCGGCCGGCCGGGGAGGGAGAAGUACCAUCAUUAUCUGGGGAAGAAGGAGGAGAGUGGAAAGGUUACCAAGAAAUCGAAGAAAACUCGUAGCGAGAAGAUGAAGAAGGAGGAUGCCGGCAACAGAAUGGCUACGCCGGUGAGACCCCUGCCUGAAGCCUUCACGCCGCCACCACCACCGCAGCCGCAGCCGGCAGGUUUCGAAGCUGGAGCGCCUGCUGCGACGCAGGGUCAGCCCCUGACCUUGAGCAUCUUCGGUGGGGACCGGCAGGCUGACUGA